GCUAUGGUUGUCUGGUAGCGAGACGAUGGAGAUGUAGAAAUUGAUCUCUUUAUUUUCUUCUUCGGUGCGGACUUUUCACAAAGAUUUUCGUACAUUUUGGCGCAGGUGGGAGGUGGGAGAUUUCUACGAGGUUGAAGAGUUUGAAUUUAGGGUCCUAGAGUUUUGCGAGGAAUUGAAAGGGGAUCGAUUAUGGGAUUCGUGAGUACGGUGCUGGGUUUCUUCGGAUUUGGCACGGGGUUUUCGGCUGGGAUCGUGAUAGGGUAUUAUCUCUUCAUCUACUUCCAGCCCGCUGAUGUUAAGGAUCCUAAAAUCCGUCCGCUUGUCGAACAUGAUUCAAAAUCUUUGGAGCGCAUGAUUCCUGAGAUUCCUAUAUGGGUGAAAAAUCCAGAUUAUGAUCGAGUUGAUUGGCUAAACAAGUUUCUAGGAUCAAUGUGGCCUUAUCUGGAUAAGGCAAUCUGCAGAACGGCAAGGGAAAUUGCAAAGCCCAUAAUUGCUGAAAAUAUUCCAAAGUAUAAAAUUGACUCUGUUGAAUUUGAAACAUUUACACUAGGUUCCUUACCACCAACUUUUCAAGGAAUUAAAGUUUACGUUACGGAGGAGAAGGAACUGAUUAUGGAACCAUCACUGAAAUGGGCUGGAAACCCUAAUGUCACUAUUCUAGUUAAAGCAUUUGGCUUAAAAGCAACUGUACAGGUGGUUGAUUUGCAAGUCUUUGCUUCACCACGUAUAACUUUAAAGCCAUUGGUCCCAAGCUUUCCUUGUUUUGCGAAAAUCCUUGUGUCUCUCAUGGAGAAGCCACAUGUUGACUUUGGACUAAAACUUAUUGGAGCAGAUCUUAUGGCGAUUCCUGGUCUCUACAAAUUUGUUCAGGAGACAAUCAAGAAUCAGGUUGCAAAUAUGUAUCUUUGGCCUAGAACAUUGGAAGUUCCAAUUAUGGACCCUUCAAAAGCUGGAAAGAAGCCUGUUGGAAUUCUUUAUGUGAAGGUUGUCAGGGCUCAUAAUCUGAGAAAAAAAGAUCUCCUGGGUAAAUCAGACCCGUAUGUGAAACUUAGGCUUACAGAAGAAAAGCUUCCAUCAAAGAAAACUUCAGUGAAGCACAGUAACCUUAACCCUGAAUGGAAUGAAGAAUUCAAAUUAGUUGUCAAAGACCCAGAAACUCAAGCCUUAGAGCUUAUUGUUUAUGACUGGGAAAAGGUUGGGAAACAUGACAAAAUGGGCAUGAAUGUUGUUAAGUUAAAGGAGCUUACCCCAGAUGAACCAAAAUCUUUGACGCUUGACAUGCUUAAAAAUAUGGAUCCUAACGAUGUGCAAAAUGAGAAAUCACGUGGACAGGUUGUUGUGGAAGUGACAUAUAAGCCCUUUAGGGAAGCAGAUCUACCAAAAGAAAUCAGUGAGGAUGCAAAUGUUGUAGAAAAGGCGCCUGAUGGUACUCCAGCUGGUGGUGGCUUGCUUGUUGUUAUAGUUCAUGAAGCUCAAGAUCUUGAGGGAAAACACCAUACAAACCCAUAUGUGCGAAUCAUGUUUAGAGGCGAGGAGAGGAAGACUAAGCACAUCAAGAAAAAUAGAGAUCCACGAUGGGAAGAGGACUUUCAGUUUGUCUGUGACGAGCCACCAAUUCAUGAUAAAAUGCAUGUGGAGGUACUAAGUAGGCCACCAAGCAUAGGCAUACACUCCAAGGAAACUUUGGGUUAUGUCGUUAUUAGCCUUGCAGAUGUUGUGAGUAACAAGCGAAUCAAUGAAAAAUAUCAUCUCAUUGACUCCAAAAAUGGUCGGAUUCAAAUUGAGUUGCAGUGGAGAACUUCAUGAAGUUUUUCGGAUGGAGAGUUUCAAGCAUUGACGCACUAUAUCCCAGAAAAUAGGAGAGAAUCUUUAUGCUUGUGCGUAGUACAUGGUACAAUGUAUUGAAGAUGAAAUCCUGUAGAUAUUGAACCAAAGAAUCUCUUUUUCACCCAGUUUUUUCUUAGAUUUAUUUUGUUUGUGGAUAUAGAUUUUGUUGAUUGGUAAAUUCAAAUAUAUACCAAUUCAUGCUUAAUCAAAUGUUCUAUGUGAAUCAAAUCAUUUUAUGGAGUGGAGCUGCUAUUACUACAUUUACCUGA